AUGGCUUCGCUAGAACAACAACUUGAAGCGAUGACGAAAGAUAUGCGGUCGAGAAGCACAGUUACAAUCGUCUUAGAGUCAUUGGUUUUUGCCUUGAUUUUAUUAUUGAUCUUCGUUGGAAACGCUACCACCCUGCUGAUUAUAGCGUUAAACAGCAGAAUGAGAACAACAACGAAUAUGUUCGUUGCAUCACUGGCCAUUUCAGAUUUUCUUUUGGGAGUGCUUUCAGCGGGUCCUGUCGCAUAUCCUGCGCUACUGCUGUCUAAAUGGCCUUUUGACGAUACGACAUGUCAGUAUCAAGGCUAUAUUGCUGUAACCUUGGCAGUUGCGUCGACACAAACGUUAGCCCUUAUGGCAGUGAACCGAUAUUUUCGUAUUGUCAGGCCAGCAAAAUACCGAGCCUACUUCACCAUGAAGAAAACACUCAUCAUGAUUCUUCUUUCCUGGUUUUAUUGCAUGUGGGCUCCUUUGCCAUAUCUGCUUAGUGGUUACAAGAUGGUGUUUCACCCUUUCAAAUUCUUUUGCUACCUCCAGAUCGACAGCGGACCGUUCACGGCGUUUUUAGUUACUGUGUAUGUUGGCUUGCCGACUUUCAUCAUAGCCUUCUGUUACCUAAGAAUAUUUCAAACUGUUCGAAGCCACAGCAAUAAUUUUCAAGCUGCAAGUGGAUCACACAAUACAGUUAACGUAGAGGAAAUCAGGAUAACGCGCACACUAUUUGUUAUUGUUGUCUUCUUUAAUCUCUGCUGGACUCCUAUUCUGGUGAUAGACAUGGUUGACACCGUUCAAGGGAGGUGGUCGUUACCUCGCGAAGCUUACGUUGCAUACAGCUUUUUAGCCGUGAUUAGUAGCGCUCUUAACCCUGUCAUAUAUGGUGUAAUGAAUAAGAACUUUCAACAAGAGUAUCUGAAGAUUCUCCGGUGUAGAUAUUGUCGCUCACAAACAUUUGUAGAGCCAUUUAACUCAGGGGAAAGAGGCACUGGUUCAGUUGCGACAGCCACUUAAAAGCCAAGCUAACUCACUAAACUCUGCCAAAGUAAUUUUUUCGGCAGUGGGAAAGAUAUCCUCAAUUUAAAGGAGAUUACGAUAUGUAAGCUAAGUAAGAUAAAGAAAAUAAAAGCGGCAAUGGUAGAUUAAAAAGAACAAAAGUGAUUGAGGGUAGAAAAGACUCAGACGAAUUUGAAAAACGAAAUUGAGCGGAUUUAAUUCAGACAGGCACACCGGAAAAUAUGUCAGAGCUUAAUGUGGGCGUUAUGCGAGUAUUUCUUUUUGAGGAAUUACUUCUCAAGAUGAAAAAAAGCUACAAAAAAAAUCCUUACAUCUGUAGGGCAUUGCGCAGGCAAUUGAAAAUUAACUAUGAUAAUCACGUACUGAAGAGAUCCUUUCUUGUACCAGUUUUAAUUUGAACUUUGAUGUGAAAAAGACAUCUGCUCAACUGCACAUAGCACCUGUCCAUGGUCUUAUUAUCAUAUUAUGAUUCGCAGUUCGAGUAUCGAUUUUUUCUUUUCUUUUCAGGGAUGACAUUGUCGGGAGAAAUUAGAUGCUAGUCACUUUCAGGGGUGAAAGGGUUAAGAAGAAUGCUCAGCAAUCCUGCAUGAUUUGAAAAGAGCCUUCAUAAAGAUAAAUACUGAGAGCACCUAUAUGCUUAGGAUUAAUUCUAGAUAAGAGCAAAAAACAAAAAAUAAAGACAGAUGGACUUCAGUUCGCGCAUCUAUCCCGUUAAGUUGACGCGUAAGGUACUAUAGAUAAAACUGCUGCUGAGAAAAUUUCCUAAGGGUGCAUCAUGAAAUUAAAAAGAUUGAAAGUUUGCACAAGUUCGACUUAGUUGCCGACUCGCCUCGCAAGGUAAAGCAACCACAAAAAUCUGUAGUCAAUCUUAGUCAUUGUAUGUGCAGAUUUAUGAUACAUAUUUAGCCUUCAAAACUUGGCGCCUGAAAGUUGAAGGAAAGACUUUAGAACAUGACUCAGAGAAGCGCGUUUACAGGGUUUGCCUGCGAAAUUUUGAUUCAUUCUGGUUCGCUACUAACUGGCUUAAACUGACUAGAGGUGUUAGACAAGGCUGCUCGCUCUCCUGUACCCCUUCAAACUUGGGGCUAAAAUAUUAUCGAACAAGCUUCGACAGACAGUUGAAAUCAAAGGGACUCAUUUGUUCGGAAGCGAGGUUAAAACAAAUCGGUUCGGAGAUGAUAAUAUCUAAUUUUGCACAGAUUUCAUCACGGUAGAUCACGCUCUUAAUAUGAUUGAUAGAUUCGGUGUCUUCUAAGGUUUAAAAUUAAAUGUGAAAAAAAUCGACAUCGCACUACUUUCAUCAUAGUUUAAUGACUUGCGUGUGAAAAGUGGGAGAUUGACGGAGGAAGCACCCAGAGUAGACAAUAAACUUAAUGCGAGAAAUUGCAAGACACCGAGGACUGAGUUUGCAAGGAACAGGGAGACAUCGUGGUGAAUUGUGAAGAAGUCGAGGAGUUUGCCUAUCUUGGAGCUAUUGUAGACAAGGAAGGUGGAGGCAGUAAAGAUAUUAGGAACAGACUGCAAAAGGCACGUGGUGCAUUCCAGAAACUAUGGAAGGUGUGGGCAGCCAGAAAAAUAGGAAGAAGAACCAAGAUACGCCUAUUGAAGAGUUCAGUCCGACCGGUCCUGUUAUAUGGUUGUUGGUUGUGAAACAUGGAAGAUCACAGAGACCGAUGAAAGAAAACUGAACAGUUUCCAAUGCCAGUGCCAGAGACGAUACUUAGGUUUAGGUGGCAGCAAAGAAUGACAGACAAGAGAGUAGUCGAAAUGGCAGAGAUCAAUGAAAUUAGCCGCGAGGUGCAAAGAAGAAGGUGGAACUGGUUAGGACACGUACUCUGGAGAGAGGGUGUGAACGACUGUUUUACGGCAUUGGGGUGGACACCAGAGGGUCGAAGGGCGAGAGGAAGACCAAAGACCACUUGAAGCAGGACUGUCGAAUGAGAAAGAGGCAAGGCGGGGUUGAAAGAGAUGAAAUGUGGCCAAGGCGGCGGCACGCGACAGAGGGGUUGGACAGACAAUGUGACGGCCCUGUACGCCUUCUAGCGCAACUAGCGGUGAUGAUGAUGAUGACGAUGACGAUGAUGACGUUAAGUUAAAAAGGAUAGCCUACGUGAAGCACCCUCCCACUCAAACGGAAGGAAGGGUAUGGAUACACGUGGGCUAAAAAAAAGAAGAAGACCAACCAGUUGUCAAAACUAUCAUAAUUAGUAAUUUAAAUUUGGCCAUAAAAAAUUAUUGACGUAGUAUAAUUAUUCAAUAUGCUAGGGGAAGAACAUUGAUUUGUACAUUGCGAGGGAAUUAUCAUUUUUUUUCUUUCCUGUAAUUAUUGGGAGGAGAUUGACUGAUCUGAUAUAACAGAAUUCGUUUAAGUUCGCGUGCAAACGCCAAAAUUUCUCUUCAGGGUUUUAACUGUAUAACCCUUGCCUACGUAAGUGCUCACCCUAAGAGAGCAAGGUUAUACAAUCUAGGAAUAAAGCGUUGCUUUUCGUUUCCUAUCAAAAUUGCCUCCAUCGGGCGUUCACCAUAUCUCCUCUUCCACAUUUUUUACAUCCCCUUAUACACUGGGGGUCAAAACCUAUCUUUUUUACGUGAAGGCUGCUUGCACUGAGAUGAUACUGAAUUUGUUUAGAUAGCGUGCAAACGUCUAAUCUUCUGCUCUCAACGAAGCAUAAGUUAUGAAAUAAAUGGGGUAAAUUUCUAAAGAAACUGUGGAGCUGCGUCGGUGGGAGAGUAUAGCAGGUAAUUUAGUGUUGACAACUGAAUUAAAAAAUUAAAAUUGGCCAACGUAAAGAGUAAAAAGACUGACGUUUCGAGCGUUAGCCCUACGUCAGAGCGAUUGAAGCUAUGAAAGACUAAAAUUACCAGUUCGACCACAGGCAUCCCAAGCUCACGUCUCGAGAAAAAGCAAACGAUUAAUUCAUGAAACCGUCAACUGUUGCGUAAUUCGGUGCUAAGUUACGAGAGGAACCGUUGAGAAUUUGAAUGCAUUACAUGAAUAGUAUGGGGAACGAAAUAGGGUCGUUUUACAAAGAUAUGUAUUUCGAAAUAUGAACAUUUUACAAUUAAAAUCAUUAGCACUCACUCAUAUCUUGUGUGUCUGUUGUGGUUUCCGGCGUUCUCUGCCAUUUUAAGCUUGCUUUCCUCCCUAGGACAAGCAUUUCCUUUUUCCCAAAAGAGUCUACCAUAGGUCACUUGAAGUACUAAAAAUUUAAUGUCUGCGUAACUUGUGCAACUUUUCUGUUUCCUGUUCAGUGACAAGCCAUGGCAGUUUUCGCUGUUAAGCGAGUUUUAAGUUUUUGUUAAGCCCGAGUUUUCCGAAAUCUGCGGAAAUACAGCGCCUUAGAUGUUUCUGCCGAUGUUCAAAAAUUUUUCCAAACCAUGCCGCACUAAGAAAAGUGUCUCGUUGACAGAUUUUGACCACAAUGUAAACAGAUUGUCGCAAAACGACAAGAUUACAUUGGUUUUAUUUUACAAGAGUAAAUCUCCCGUCACACUCUAAAUUCUUGAAACGUUUUCAAGGGAAUCAUAACACCGACUGUAGCUCUGAAUGAAACACUGCACCAUUGCCAGAUGAAUAAUUCUUCUAAUGUUUUUUUUUUAAUUUUCAGCCUUCACUUUGGAGAAGAGUCCAUUGCAAAUUGAUCCCGGGAUGGAAAGAGGUUGACGCGUGUGAAUUUUACAGUAAGGCGCGUAAGGUUGGAUGACAUUUGACUCGUGGUGCGUGACAAACUGUUUUAUGUACACGUGACGGGUGAAAUUGUGUAAAAUCCACGAAUGAAACGGGAUCAGGACACCCUUUUGCUAUCCUCUGAAAGCACUCAUGUUUUGGUGAUAGAGACAAUAACAGGAAUUACGUCAUGAGUAGUCUCUUCCUUUCCCGUCGGUGAGUUACGUCACGCAGGACUUCUCACGUUAACUGACGACACUGAACAAAGCUUACAAAAUAGACUAAGGCAAAAAAAAAUAGUCAGCUUGAAAGGAGAAGGACUAAGGAUGUCUCAGGAUGAAACAAAUUAAAAAAUUAUAACUGAUAUUCAAUGUGACUAAUUUAUUCUAUAUCUUUUAGAUAAGACAACGUGGUACAUCCGCUCUAAUUAUAAAAAAAUUAUUCCAAGUUAAACAACUAAACAAAGAUUGCUCAACCCUAGAGUUCUCUAGGUGAAAUGAUUCUCAGAGUUGGUAAACAUAAUUUCCUAUAUAUUCAUAGAAAAAAAACGCCCAUAGUUUCCUAUUUCCAUCGUAAACACUCUCUAAGCAAAUACAAAUUAAGACACGUAUUAUCUAAGCUUGCAAUUUGUAUAAUAUAUGCGCUCUAAUUAUAAAAUUUUAUUCCAAGGCUAGAUAACUUGACAAAAAUUGCUCAACCCAAGAGUGCUCUCAGAGUUGGUAAACAUGAUUUCCUAAGUAUUCAUAGAAAAAAAAAAACCGCCCACUGUUUCUUUUUUCAGCUUUUUUUCACCGUGAACACCGUCUAAGCAAAUACAUAUCAAGACAACGUAUUAUCUCAGCUUGCAGUUUUUAAAAUAAUCUGUCUUUAAAUUGCAUUGAUAAAGCUGCAAAUGCGAUUGGCCCUCGUUGUUCAGAGUCGGAUCUUUGUAUCUAUCUUUUUUUAUCAAUCUUAUCUAUCUUUUAGAUAAGACGUCGUGAUAUAUCCGCUCUAAUUAUAAAAUAUUUUAUUCCAAGGUUAAACAACUAAACAAAGAUUGCUCAACAAGAAGAUUCAAGUUCAGUAUCCAAUGUUACUUACUUUACGUGAAGAACUCGAUUUUCGCUCGAAUUGGCCAACAUUUAAGCAAAGUUGAUACAUAAAAGAAAUAUUGAAUUUAAAAGAGAGAAUACGUCAGAGAAUAUGGUAGAAUGAAAUAAACAGAGAAAAACGUAGAAUAGAAUGGAAUCUUUAUAGCCAAUUUUAAGAAAAAUAGAAUGCAAGCUGUUUAAAUUUUUUCUUCUAAACAUGACCAAAUUUAUUAAUUGAAGCCCGAGGCUAGGAUUGACACAAGCGUUAAUACCUUGAAUUAAGAGGAGUGUUCAAUAGGGGCUAUAUCAUUCUGAUUGGAUAAGGCGACAUAAACGACAAGUUAAAAUCGAGAGGCUGCCUAGCAUAUGAGGAUAUUGCCCACACAAUUAUAUCGAACGUUAUACUUACUUUUGUUGGUUGCGUGUUGUUAAUAACGGUACCUUUGGCGAGUACAAACGUCGCCGUGUUUGAGACCAAUAUAAGAAACACAAUGGCUUCACCAGAACAACAACUUGAAGCGAUGGCGAAAGAUAUGCAGUCGAGAAGUACAGUUACAAUCGUCUUAGAGUCAUUGGUUUUUGCCUUGAUUUUAUUAUUGAUCUUCGUUGGAAACGCUGCCACCCUGCUGAUUAUCGCGUUUAACAGCAGAAUGAGAUCAACAACGAAUAUGUUCGUUGCAUCACUGGCCAUUUCUGAUUUUCUUUUGGGAGUGCUUUCAGCGGGUCCUAUCGCAUAUCCUGCGCUACUGCUGUCUAAAUGGCCUUUUGACGAUACAACAUGUCAGUAUCAAGGCUAUAUCGCUGUAACCUUAGCAGUUGCGUCGACACAAACGUUAGCCCUUAUGGCAGUGAACCGAUAUUUUCGUAUUGUCAGGCCAGCAAAGUACGGAGCCUACUUCACUAUGAAGAAAACCCUUGUCAUGAUUCUUCUUUCCUGGUUUUACUGCAUGUGGGCUCCAUUGCCAUAUCUGCUUAGUGGUUACAAGAUGGUGUUUCACCCUUUCAAAUUCUUUUGCUUUCUCCAGAUCGACAGCGGACCGUUCACGGCGUUUUUAGUUACUGUGUAUGUUGGCUUGCCGACUUUCAUCAUAGCCUUCUGUUACCUAAGAAUAUUUCAAACUGUUCGAAGCCACAGCAAUAAUUUUCAAGCUGCAAGUGGGUCACGCAAUACAGUUAACGUGGAGGAAAUCAGGAUAACGCGCACACUUUUUGUUAUUGUUGUCUUCUUUAAUCUCUGCUGGACUCCUAUUCUGGUGAUAGACAUGGUUGACACCGUUCAAGGGAGGUGGUCGUUACCUCGUGAAGCUUACGUAGCGUACAACUUUUUAGCUGUGCUUAGUAGCGCUCUUAACCCUGUCAUAUAUGGUGUAAUGAAUAAGAACUUUCAACAAGAGUAUCUGAAGAUUCUCCGGUGCAGAUAUUGUCGCUCACAA